GAGAACCCGAAGGCGUACCCUGAUCGCGAGUCCAGUUCUCUUCAAUGUUGAACAGCACCACCCCCGCCAUUGUCAUGUCUGAGGUUCCUCCAACCGAGGGAUCGAGCUCGAAGAGCAGUAUCAGGCAGGAAAACUCGCCUCCACCGACGCCGCCAUCGCCAGUGAGCUCAGAAACAGGAGUCAAGUUAUCCAAGAAGCGAGAGCGGGAGGCCUCUCAGGAGCCGGUUACGACAACGAAGGUCGCCGUCGAUACCGACACUUCGACCCGCGACAGUCGAGAAAUUCGCACUCCGGCGAAGAAGAACAGAGUCGCUUUGAGCUCUACAGCAGAAGAAGACGAUGGUAUUGUGGGCUCGCGGUCGAAUUCGCCUUCGCCAACCUUUGGCUCGCCACCCCAAGAGAUGAAAAUCAAAGUUAGGCAAAUCAGUCAGGGCGUCGAGGACCUUAGCUGGCGGAAGAGGCCAAACUUUGGGAACGGGCCUAACGAAGGACAAGAUUCUGCUGUGGAGAUGCCUGUUGAUAGCGACAAGUCGGACAAGCUCGAAGAAACCAGCAUCCCCAAUGGGUCGGCCGACCCAAAGAUGGAGCCUGAAGAAAAUAAUGGUCCGAAAGUCGAUGAGGCUUCAACUGUCCUUCCACCAACACCACCCCCUACGGUGGAUGAAGUUCUGCCGAAGAGCUUGCGACGAGAUUCUGAUUCCGAUUCUGGCGAGAAGGACAAAGGAUUGAAGAGAAAGUUCUUGGACCGUGGGACAAGCCAAGGUCCCCAGGAGACUGGAGGAUCUGAUAAGACUGCCUCAGAACCUGUCAAGCGGCCUAGAGAUGAUGCAGGCGAGGACGGCAAUCCUCGGGAGACUAAGCGACCUUCACCACCUCCGGAGCAGAGUGCCACUUCUCCUCCCAGUGCUCCUGCACCGAAAUUCGGCGGUUUUGGAGCAUACGCUGCUACAAAGUCUCCAUUUGCUUCAGUGAAAGGGCCCAAUGUAUUUGGAUCCAAAAAAUCAUCAAGCUUGUCAACUCCGUCAGUUACGCCCUCGGUAUCCUCUUCUUCCUUGGGUACACCCGUUCUAGGGGAAUCAUCCAUAGCCUCUACUUCGGCCGCGACCCCCGCGAAGCGCUCGGGCUUUGAGGCGUUCUCCUCACCAGCAUCACCGUUUGCUUCCAUCGCUCAGAAUAAGUCAUCAGUGUUGGGAGGCGGAACAUCCAAGCUCGGACGAAGCAAAUCCCCCACGCGCCGAGCGAACUCCACCAAUGCAAGUGCUUUUUCGGCGUAUAGCGGUGCUAGCCAAGGGUUUGCAUUGCCUGCAUUUAAGCGUGCUCGUGCAGGAUCCCCGGCAAUCGCAAAUAUGGAGAAGAAAUCGAAUGUGUCUGUUCUCAAUGGUUCAGAUAGUUGCACAGAGGAAGAUAGUAGCGACGGAAAAAGUGCCAGCUUUGGUGAAAAAUUGCGAGCAGGAAAGGACCAGUCCGGUGAAGAGCAUGAGACUCCCAAGAUUGCUUUGACUGAGCAAGAGGUGAUGACCGGGGAAGAAGAGGAGGAGACUAUUCAUCAAGUUCGAGGAAAGUUAUUUGCACUCUCCGAUGGUACAGCCUGGAAGGAGCGCGGCACGGGUGUACUGAAGCUGAAUGUCAGAGCUUCAGACGGUGGAGGGGCAAGGUUAUUGAUGCGAAAAGAGGCAGUAUACACUGUGCUGCUCAAUGUCACUCUGUUCCAUGGAAUGCGAUGCGUGCUUGCGCAGGACCCCCGAUACGUACGUUUCAGCGUCAUCCAAGAUGGCGUGACAACACAUUAUAACCUGAGGCUGGCCAAUCCCAAAAUUGCGGAAGAGUUGAUGGAAGAGAUACAUGCGAAUCUUCCGUCAGCAUAAGGGCUGCAGGAAUGGUGAUUAAAGAUGUUCUAUGCAUGCUGAUGUAAAAUUUCCCCCCUUGACGGUUUCCCAGUCUUGUGUAUUGCUGCUGUGUGUGCUGAUCAACAAUUUAUUAUACAUGUUUCUAUUUACAUAAAUAACGUGACGAUAUUGAUAUGAAU